AUGUUUGCUAUUACGAGAGUUAGCAUCAAGCUUCUCAAGCACGGUUUAGCCCAGAAUCAAAGACGGUUUUUGCACAUCAUUGCGAUGGCUUCAGCUGAAGAGAAACCUUUUGUGGUAGAGUACGCUGCACAAGGAAGAGCUAAAUGCAAAACAUGCAAGCAGCAGAUAGAAAAGAACUCCAAGCGAAUUGGCAAAUUGGUUUCCAAUCCGUUUAGUGAAGAUGGAGGAAUUAUGAAACAAUGGUAUCAUGUUCGUUGCAUAUUUGAGUCCCUUUCCAGAGCACGGGCCACAACCAAGAAAAUUGACAGCACGGACGAUUUAGAUGGGUUCGACAAACUGAAUGAUGAUGAUCAAAAGGAAGUCAAAGGCCUUAUUAAAGGUCUGUUAUUUCCUAUAGGAUUUGUUUCAGUGUCUAGGCCCUGUCAGUAUUUUCAUUCUAAAAUGCUUAAAUUUAAACGAUCUCCUUGUACGGGGUACCAUUUUCAGGCUGUUGGUCUAUGAAGGGUAGGGAGAUCUGUCAUUUCAGUCUGCAGAGAGGCACAAAAAGGCCAAAAGGUGCAUUAUAUGGUUGUGAAAGAGUCAAGAAAAUUUCUGGUCCUAGUUGUUGAAACUGCUGGUGGAUAGCGUUAUCCAACUUUUGAACAACUGGGGCUUAAGCUGUAAUUUAUUCAUACUUAAAAGACAGUGCAUUUGCAGCAGUUGAAACUAGGUAUGUGAAAGAAUUACCAUUCAUCAAUAGAAGGUAUAUGAAAGAAAUACCUUUCCUUUAAAAAAAUGGUGUAUAAAAGGGUAAGGGGCUGGCCUCCCCAUAUAAAACUUUCUUGAGUACCCCCCUAGGAUUACGAGAGGCUAAGAGUAAGGGCGCUCUCUAUUUGUCAUGGGAACUGACCGGCCAGACCAUUCCCGUUGCAAUGAGAAUUUCAGUUUUAAUCAAAACUCUCCAGCCAGAUCAGUCAAAUCCCCAAUAAUAUGCACAAAGGAGAUGGUUUUUCAGCAAAAACUCUUGGAAAAAGUCGAUUUCAUUUACAAACUGACCGGUAGGGCAGUGGUCUGGCUGGCCAGUUCUGACAAAUGGUAAGUGCCCUAAGAGUCAUAGUGGGUUGCAACGGUGGAGGAGGAAGAGAUAGCCUUUUCCCAAGCUAUAUUUAUAAUUAAUUAUUUAUUAAUAUGUAUUAAUUAUUUAUUAUGUACCUCACUUCCUUGUGACCAUGAACUCCAAAGGGAGAGAUAUCAUCAGAGUCGGUUUCAUACACUGUCAGGUUAAUGCAGAGAAUUGAGCUAAAAGAUGACAUCAGCUCAGGGUUUUUGAUAAGAUUUUAAGUAGAUGGCAAUAGCUUUGGAGUAGGUGAAGAAGGAGACAAACUCACGGCAAAGGCGCAACUUGCGAGCGCGAGUUUCUGGAAAAAUUUGAAUGCAUAGAAUGCAUUUCCAGCAUUCUGGAGCAAAAAUUAGAGUGUUUUCAAGAACAGGGAACAGACAUCAUUAAAUUUUGGCUUUAUUAUUCAGUGACAGCACAUCAAUACUCUAUUUAAACUGGGAUAAUUUCCAAAGAAAAGUUGGCGGCGAGUUGACAUGAAACGGCCGGCGAAUUUCGCCGGCCACCAGCUCUAAUUGAAAACCCUGGCAGCUGCUGUUGUGUAAGUGGUUUGGGGUUUGUUUAUUAAUUUGAAUCUGUGUUAUGCCAGCAAAAUAAAACUGUGACACCCAUAAGGGAUCUUUCCAAUUUUUCCCAUGAGAAUCCCAUAAAAGAGGAAAGUUCACAACAAGCAAUAAAUUGUUUUGUUUUUAAUGGCAUUUUUAACAAUCUUAGAUUCGUCAUCAAAAAUGACUCCUUCACCCAAGAAAAAAACAGUGCAGUCCACUCUUGCAUUUGGUAAUACCAAGGCUUCAGCAUCAUCUAAGUCUCCUAAGACAACUGCUGCUCCCAAAGGUAGUGGUGAUCAGAGCUCUUCUCCAGUCAAGACUGGAAGUGACAAGAAUAGCCUGGAUAAUUCAUUCAGACAGUUUAGAAGAAUCUGCAUUAAACUUGCUGAAGAACCAAGCUAUAAUGCCAAGAGCAAGAUUCUAGAAGACUUCUUCGAGAAAGGGGCCUCUGGAGGUUGGUGUUUUUAUGCAAUAUUAGGAAUAUAUUUGAUUGACUUUGUUUCACAAUAGUAAUAGAAUAAAGAAUUUAUAGAGAUUUUAAGCUUCACCUAUAUGGCAAACUUCAGAUUCAAGUUGAAAAUUUCUCAAAAUAGAAAAUAGGCAGAUACAAACUGCUCAAAACAAUUCUUAUAAAUUCUGUGAAACUAGUACAUUCGACUCCCAAUAAUUCGAACCUUCAGGGGAAAUAGAAAAAGGUUCGAGUUAUCGGGAGUUCGAGUCAUCGUGGGUAAAAUUGUAUGGAAAAUGAUCUGAAGGGAAUUGAAAAUUACUUCGAGUUAACGGGAGGUUCGAGUUAUAGAGGAUUCGAGUUACCGGGAGUCGACUGUAUAUAUUUAGGUGUAGAAUUAAUGAACAGUAAACAACAAGUAAAUGAGAAACUUGGUCACCUGGUGCAAUUUCGUGUUUGCCGUUAAUAAUGUGAACAUGAAGUCUGAUAACCUCUCUCAUAUCCAGGGGUUUCUUAUAUCUAGGGAUUCAAAAAAAUGUGAAGAUGCAUGUACAAACUCUUGAUAUUAUUGUUUUUUAUUCUUCAGAUGGUUUUGAAGGCGAUCUCUUAUUAUGGGUAAAGAUGUUAUUGCCAGGAGUAAACAAACGUGUUUAUAACUUACAAAGCAAACAGCUCAUAAAACUAUUUAGCCAGGUAAAAAUAAAACAUGGGUGUGCAUGUAAAUCCAUCUUAAAUAAAAGUGCAUGGUUAAAAAAUUGGUGAUUUCAAAUAUACUUUGGAGCAGUUUGGUUGUAAGUCACUUGCUUUUACGAUAUAAAAAAAAGAAAAAAAAAGACUAUAAAUUACUAAUAAUUACUGUCAAUCUCAGAAAACCGUGAACUUCUGAAAAAUGUCCGGACUGUUUAUUGUGUAGUGACCUAUCACAAUAAAAUUCAGGACACAUGAGCAAACCUUAAAUAAUAAAACUAGAAACUUUUUUAUUGGCUUUUUUCUCACUACACAAUAACAUCUCAAAUGUAUUUCUGGUGUUCAUGGUUCUGUGAGUUUUAGAACUUACUGAAAUACGAAAAUGUAGAAGCAUUUUAAUUUAUUUGCUCUAUAAAGUUUGAUUAUAGAACUGUAGAAAAUCAGAGAUUAUGUUAAUUUGUGAUAGUUAUUAUUGUCUAUUUUCAGAUAUUUGGUUGUAGUCAAGAUGAUAUGUUGACAGACUUAGAACAGGUUAGAAAUUGAAAAUGACAAAAUUAAUGAUGAAAAUACAACAUUAGGUAGAGCUAUAAAGUAUGAUGUUAUCUUUAUUUUUUUAAUCCAAGUAAUGAUUUUCUUUUUAUAUAGGGAGAUGUGUCUGAAACUGUCAGCACUUUCUUUGAAAGUGGCCUUCUUUUAAAGCCAUUGAAGAAGAGCUUAGUUGCCCUGCAAGAGGUAUGUUGAAAAAAAAAAACCAUUUAUUUGCUAUUUGCAGGACAAAGACUGUCAGCACCCUUAUUUCUCAAUUCUCGUAUUGGUCCAAUCCAGGGAAUGGAACCUGGGACCUACCACUUUGCAGUCAAGCAUUCUACCACUCAACCACUCCAGCAUGGGUUUGACUCGCAUAAAGUUUAACAGUGCGGCAAAAGCAGCCUGGAUAGGUUGCAUGACAUUAUGGAUGAUAUCACGACACUUUAUGAAAAGGUCAUCUUGCACAAAAUUCAACUGGUUUGAAUUGUUCUCAAGGCCCCGGUUGGAUAGCACUAUCCACUGUAUAAAUCACCAUUUAGUGGACAAGAGUUAGGGAAACCAAUGACAUUAUCUAGUGGACAGUGAUUUAUCUGAUGGAUAGCAUUAUCCACCUUUUGAAGACAACUGAGGCCAGGAUGCAAAGAUUCAAUGAUCAACCCAGAUUUUCCAUCUCUUUACACUUUUGCUCAUGGACACCUCUUGUAAUAAACACAGACACCACAUCUAAUAAACAAUAGUCCAGUUUCGAAUUAAAAUUACCACUGAAUAUAAAUGUUGUAGUUAAUGUUUUAUCCUAGGUAAUUUUUAUUUUUCCUUUGUUUCAACUUCAUUAGCAUACAUUACCAUACCAAAAAACAAAAGAAAAACAAAAAUUACCUGGAUUAAAAAUUUAACUACAACAUAAACAUUAACGACACAUUCAUACAGGGUUAGCCUCGACAUAAAGUAAAUUAGUAUAUACACACUCAGUGAUCUUGGUGAUUUAAGCAAUCUGAUUGGUUCACUAUCUCGGACUAUUCAACAAUAUUCACCUCCUAGCGAGUGGAUAAUGUGUGAGCUCAGUGUUUUUCCCAUUUUUUAGAGAACGAUCUUUUAAAAGUCGACAGAAUCCUAGGGCUGACUUUUUUUAAGGCAAGAAAAGACUUGGAAGGAUUCAAUACGGCGUUUUUCAAUUUACUGUAGCACUCAGUAGUAGCAGGAGUUUUGUGCUCGAUGGAUUGUUUACAACUCCCGUGUAUUCGCGUAGAAGAAGCCGUUUCCGCUUUCUAAGAAGACAAUUUUGGCUCAAAAAUCGAAGUUUAUUUAUGAAAAACAAAUUUAAAAGGAAAUGUUUGCAGAAAUUCUACGUUUCAAGUAAACAGGAAAAAGAAUGAUACAGAAAGACGACGUCUUACCUCGAGCAAAUGAGCCGCCAUUUUUGUCAGCACUUCAUGCGAAGAACGACACAACAAACCCUUUUGGCUAUAAACGUGGCGAGUCAACAGAAAACAACACAGCUCUACUUUUCUUCUCAGGUAAGGAAACAGUUCAAACUUUUAGCGGUUCCAUUUAAGCCAUUACGCUGUUGUUUGCGUAAAAUGAUAAACUUGUGAAUUGCCAUGUUUGAAAUUUCUGCAAAGAUCUAUUUUUAAAACUUACGCGUGAUUUGAUCUGUCAAUCAAAUCGUACUUUUGAAUGGUUUCCUCUCUGAUUUUGUUGAGAUCACUUCAUGUGUAUAUACUAAAACAAUUAUUCUUUUCAAUCUCGGUGAAUAGUGGCUUUGGGAAUAUUUACCUCGCCGCUUUCGCGUCUCGGUAAAUAUUUUGCCACUAUUCACCUCGAUUUCAAAGAAUAAUUGUUAAAUAUUCAGAGAUUCUGGCAAGUAAUUAAGUUUUUGAAAUUUGAAAAUACCCAAUAGACCGAGUAAUAAACAGGUCUUUUUCUUGUUGGAAUUUGUGAAUAAUUAUAUUACUUCAGAUUGAGGCUAAGACUGUAAAAAAUGCAUCUUCACUUCUUUAAUUCAGCAGUCAUAGCGAACUCGAAAAUGGACUAUUGAGCUACUAACGAACGCCUUUGCCAACUGACACCUCUGCUAAUGUGUGACACCUACUAACAGGCACCUGACGAGGGUGCAAAUGAACACCGCUGCUAAUGAACACCUCAGCCAACAAACACCUCUUCUAACAUUCACCUCAGCUAAUAAACACCUCUUCUAAUGAUUACCUCCCAUACUGUAGAUGGACACUUUUUAACCAUCCUUAAGUGGGCAAAACGUAAUUCUGGUAGACUAGUAUGCAGUCGCUGUAAAAUGUUGAAAAAGUGAGAGAAUAGUAAAGGCUGUUAUUGAUAUGGAGCCAUCGAUCCUUAGUUAACAUGUUUGUAACAAUAAAAUUGGUCUGUUAGGUUGAUUUGUUUUUGGAUACACUGAAGAGCUUUACAAAGGAGGAUGAUCAACAGAGGGAGCUGACAAAAAUGGCAAGGAAGUGUGUAAAUCUUAAACCCUUGAUUAAAAUGUUCUGCAUACAAUUUGUACAAUGAGUAAACUGCAUACAUUCAUUUGGUUUGCAUUCAUGAUUGCAUGUUUUUACAUCACUCUAUUAGCCUCGACAUAAAAAACUUUGUGUAGAAUGAUGUGACAAUAAAAGUUAGUCACACCCACAAACCUGGGACAGCUUAAAUCAUUUUCCUUGACAUGUCAUUGCUUUUGUCAUUUUCAGAUGCACUGCAAAUGACCUGAAGUUUAUCAUUCGACUGAUUAAACAUGACCUACGAAUGAACACAGGAGCAAAACACGUGUAAGAAAAUAACAGAACAUGUAUGCGGCAGGAGUUGUAAAGGCAAACAACAAUACCGUAGGGGGGGAUAAAAAAUAUUAAUUAAUAUUAACUAUUCAAUAGUUAAUAUUAAUUAAUAAUUUUUUAUCCUUCCCUUCUCCUUCUCCCUGGUACUUCUCCUCCUCGUCAUCAUCAUCUCGUUGUCAUCAUUGUCAUCAUCAUCAUCAUUGUCAUCAUCUUCAUAUUACUGUAUUUAUUUGAUUAACCGACCUGGAUGCUUAUUAAAUUUCGGACCUUGAGGGUGGGCACUUAUUCGAGGCUACUAAAAUUUCACCAUUUUCAGCAAGUGUAGUAUGCUUAUUUUGCAACAAAACAAUAAAUGGUAAUAACAAAACGCAAAGAUGUAACAAUUAAAAAGCAAGGUUCCUGUAAACUACUCUCACAAAAACUCCAUCUUCAGAGUAGUGUCUUAUUAGUGUAUUAUAUUCAAGUUUCUGGGUGGUGAGAGCAGGAAGGGGGGAGGGGUGAGGGUGGGCACUUAUUUGAGUUUGAGUGUGAAAGGGAGAGGGUGGGCGCUUAUUCGAGGCUGGGCACUUACUAACUUUUUCUGCCUUUAGGAUGGGUGCUUAUUUGAGGUGGGCGAUAAUUCAAGGUUGGGUGCUUAUUCGAAUAAAUACGAUAUCACCUGCAUCACUUUCAUCAUCUCCAUUGUCAAUUACCAUUACCUUCGUUGUUGUCACUAUGUUUUUCAUCAUCAUCAUCAUCAUUGUUCAUCAUGACAACAUUUUUAUCAUCACUAUUGUCCUUGAUGACUUGUUGUUGUUGUUUUAGUUUGGAUGCUCUUGAUCCUGAUGCAUAUGAGGCAUUUCAAGCAUCAAAUAACCUGAGCGACGUUGUACAAAGAUGCCUGCAAAAGAAACAUAUCAAAUCUGGUGUUUUACCAGGAAUGAGUAAAAAGCUGAGCAUAAGGGCUUCUUUGAUGACACCAGUCAAACCAAUGUUGGUAUGUAUCAAUGGUGUAAAUCAGGAUCUACUGUGGAGGUCAAAAAAAAACUUGUGACAACUGUGGAGAAACUGUUCCAAGUUAUAUUGUUACAUAUGACUCUGCUCCAAAUGACAAAUUUGGAUCUGGUCUACUCCCCUCCUGCAAUGUUGCACCCAAAAUUGAACUUAUUUCUACUUAUAUAUUUUUCUCAUAAUUCAACAUUGUUUGGGAAGGGAUGGGUAGGUCGCUAGUUUUAGUUAUUUUAAAAAACACUUUUGAUCUCCAUUGCAGGAUAAAUUUACAUAAUUUUACUCAAGUAGUCAGUGUGAUCCUCAAAGUUUCCAGCUCAUUAUAAAUCUAAUUCUAAAUAGUUGUUUUCUGUACCCAGGCAGAAGCUUGCAAAAGUUUUUCACAAGCAGUGAAGAAAUGUCCCAAUGGAAUGUUUGCAGAGAUCAAGUAUGACGGAGAGAGAGUUCAGGUAAAUGUACAUGAAUAAUAUGAAAUAAAUUGUAAUAGUUUUAUAUAAAUUUGAUUGACUUUAGGUAUUUGAUAUGUCAUAGAUAUUUUUCUAGAGACUUCAUGGGCUAGUUUUUUCAAGUCUGUAUGGUUUGCCUUUAUGAAAGUUUAUGUUAGGCAAACAUUUUCUACAUUAUUUUUCUUAAUUUUUGAAGGUACACAAGAGUGGCAGUAACUUUCAGUUUUUUAGCCGCAGCCUUAAGCCAGUUCUUGCACAUAAGGUAUGUGAUGUUGUUGCUAUGACUUUAUGUGUUAAUCUGAAGGAAACAUUAAGAUGGACUAGCUACUAUAAGAAGCCAUGAAAUAUUCAUAGGACAGUGUAUAAACACUAGUUACUGUAGUUACACAUCGGAAAGAACAUGUACUAUAAGAAGUGUUUUAUUGUAGUCAAGAUUCCUCUUACUGUGAAUCCCAUGAUAAUAGCUUGAUACUUCUUUGUGUUUUCUCUUUCACACUUUCCAAGGUUGCCGAAACUUUCUUGUCUCAGACCUGUCAUAUAGUUCUUUUUGUUUUUUCAGGUUGCUCCUAUUAAGGAUCACCUCCCCAAAGCUUGUCCCCAUGGCAACAACUUGAUUCUGGACAGUGAGGUAAUCAUCAGCUGUUCUGCGAAUGGUUUGAACCCAGGAGUAGUCAUUCCAUUCAAAAUAGGUGGGAAAUGAUCACCCAGGUGAAAAUGUAGUCCUGAAUAAUAAAGACUGUUGUUGACAGUGACAGGCAUUUCAACAGUAACCAGUGUUUAAUACCAUCAACUAAUGUGAUGCUUGUACAACUCACCUUGACUCUGAAGAUGACUACAACACAGGUUGUCCAAACAUCAGACACUGUCAUUAACAACAGUCCUAUUCACAACUACUCUCACCUGGAUGAUCGUAAUUAUUCCACAUACUCAGUUGUUUUAAUAUUAUUUUUGCUGUGCCACUUAUUCAAGCAAAUAUUGUAUUUUUUUGCUCAAAUUGGUCUAGUUAUAAGCAACUUUUCGUCAGGUACCUCACUUCUGCCUUCUCUUAUAACAAAUUUGAAUGCUUUUCAUUAUACUUCAAAUCACAGGUUCUGCUUGUAGAUACCAACACUGGCACUCCUCUUCCAUUUGGAACUCUAGGUGUCCAUAAGGUACUCGAACAGCUGUAGUUAGGUUAAAAACACAACAUGCAGUUCCAUAAAUUAUUUCAUAGGUCUACUAUGUUACAGAAAAUGCAGCUCAGGGAAUAUCACACUCUUGACAUGGCAGAGAAUAUUUUUUAUGCGUUAAAGUUCGUUAGGCGCACUUCAUGAGGGCCUGCUGUUUGACUUGGCUUGUUAAUGGGCUCCUUGCCUUUUCAUGUAACAUUCUCAAACUGAUUAAUGACUAAUGGUUAGAAACAAUAGUCUACAAAAUGCCCCUGCUCUAGUGGGGGAAAGGGAUGGAGAGAAAGGGAGGUUCCGUUCUCUCCACACCACGCUUCCCUUGGAGCCUGUUUACAGGCUAACAAAACAGGGAUCAUGUAAUGGCAAUUGUUACUGUACAAUAAAAUUUUGCAAACUUUAUCUUAAGUUUGAAUUUCUUCAAGAAUUACUGAUCAUCUGAUAAAACUAUGUUGAACACUUGAACCAUUCCUUAUAAAAGCCAGGUAUCACUUAGUUGGUGUAGAAAAAACCUUUCCAUACCUUAACUUGUUUGUUUUUUACUCUGUCAUUGCUCAGUGUCUUUAUAUCAGAUAAACAGCCUGUUUGAUGCCUUUUUUCAGUGGCCCUUUUGUAGCCUUUUGGAAUCUUUUUUAGCAUUCAGCUUUUCUUAAUAUGGUGCGCGCUACUAAUCACAUGUUUUCCUCUCAUUUCCCAGAAAUCAGCAUUUAAAGAUGCCAGUGUUUGCUUAUUUAUCUUUGACUGCCUUCAGUUUAACGAUGAAAAUGUGAUGAAAAAGUAGGUUUCACAGAUUGUGAACUCUGUUGAUACAGUCUACCCCAAUAACUCGAACUUGGAUAACUCGAAUUCCUCACUAACUCAAUCGAAAUUUCUGUCCCCUUAGUCAAAACUUCACUGAAAAUUACCCAAUAACUCGAACUGUUUUUCGUUUCCCUUCAGAGUUUGAGUUACUGGGGUUCUACUGUAAUACUGUUGUUUUCGUUAAGAUUCAGUUCAAAUUUUACCUUGAUAGAGAUUACAGUACUGGUAAUUCUAGUUGAUCUUCUACCGUGUUUUGACUUUGAAUGUUUUCAGGAGUAUGAAAGAAAGGCGGCAAAUCCUGGAAAAAAACGUCACUGUCAUUCCAAAUAAAAUCAUGUUGUCUGAAACAAACUUCUUAAGGGUAUGUGAUUUCAGUUGUACAUGCUGUCUGAAAUGUGACCAUUCUAAUGAAAAAUACUGAAGAUCACUGAUACAUCUUACCAUUUGUUUUUCAGCAUUUGUUUGUUUGUUUUGCUUUUUUUGAAUCAGGAGUGAAAGGGAUUAAUUUAACACUAAACCUCAAGGGUUACCAACACAAAAUUUCUCUUUGUAGUGUCAAUACUCUGUUAAACAGUGUGGUGAUGAGAAUUAAAGACAUGAUCAGACAAUGAAUUAAAUGACAGCUUCUCCCCACUGCUUUUGAAAUGAAUGUAUAGGAGCAACCAAAUGAGAAUUGAAAUUUUGAUAAUGGGGCUUUAAAGCCCUUUUAGUGCAACAGCUUCUUUGAAUACUGAAGCAUAGUUUUCCCCACUUUCCUUUGCAGAUUCAUUCUGUAUUUCAUUUAAUAUGUAGAAUAGUACAUCAUCCCUCCUGUUUACUUUAUUAGCAUUAAGUUGUGCGAUAGCCACCCCAGAUGAGCAAAGCCAUCUGAGUUGACUGAAAGUAUCUAGAAAGUAAAGAAGAGAGGAGUGGCGGGAGGGAUGACUAACCAGCUUUGGACUUAGUGAAAAUGGCAUUGAUGCUUAAUUACCGGAGUCUUAAGUUAAAUUAUAAUGAACUAUAAUGCUAAUUAUGUCAUCAGUAAGGCUAAUGAAUAUUCAAGAGUUUGGGUAAAACAAUAUUGUGUCUACUCUGUAUAGACAGAAAAAGAGCUGUCCAAGUUGAUGACAAGAGCCAUGAAUGAAGGUCUGGAAGGACUUGUUCUCAAGGAUGUGAAUGUAAUGUAGUACAUAAUUUUAGUAAAUUAAUUUUAACUGAUAAUUUGUUUUGGCAUGAUUUUCUUGAAUAUGAGUAAAGGCCUGUCUUUGUUUUUGUAUUUAUUUAUUUUUAUUCUUUCAAUUUGCAGAGUAUAUAUGAACCAGGAAAAAGACACUGGCUUAAGGUAACGAGUUAAAGUCCAAUUUACCAAAAACACAAAAGCUGUUCAAACCUUCUAACAUUCCUUUGUUUCUUCUUCUUCUCACUUUUUCUCAAUUUCGCUACACGUAAGAUGAAGAAAGAUUAUCUUGAAGAAGGUGCUAUGGCUGAUACUGCUGACCUUGUGGUGCUGGGGGCCUACUAUGGGACUGGAAACAAAGGUGAAUGGUCCGUUUACAUUAUGACAUCAUUUUCCAAAACAGUUUAUAGUGUAACUAGUUGUUGUAGACCUUAAGAGGCCGAGGCAAGAGUGGGUGGUACAGAUGUGAUAAAAAGAAGUAAAUAAGUAUACUUUUCGCAAGUUUUAAAUAAAGACUGUUAUGCUUCUGCAUGGACUAAACAACAUUAGAAAUUGCAACUUUGUUACUGCCACAAAAUCCGUUCUUCAGUGUUCUCGACAAACAGUACUGACCAGAGCUCCUACAAUUAGACAAUUAAGAGCAGCAGACGAUAGUUUGGGAUCAAUUUGAGCGAGGUCAAUUACUUUAAGACCAUCAAGAGUAGCUGAUGAUAGUUUGGGAUCAAAACUCUCGCUACCGGCAACUGUCGUUAAGUCGCAUACACCAUUUGAUCAGCGGUUGACUUAAUUUGUAUUUAAUUGCAGGGGGACUCAUGUCAAUCUUUCUGAUGGGGGUCUGGGAUCCAGAUACUAAACGAUGGUGCACUGUUGCAAGGUGUGGAAAUGGACAUGAUGAUAAAACUAUUGAAAAACUCAACAAGGAGCUUAAAAUGACAAAAAUAAGCAAGGUAUUUAGAACGUGUUUUGAUCCAGCUUCCACAUUUUUGAAAGACCCAUUUUACGCAGUUUAACGACCGUGCUUUAAUCAGUUUCAUAGGCGAAGAGGAUGGAUGCAAACUCCAACCUUAGCUCCUUCUCGUUUCAAGUUUAAGUUUAAGUUUAUUAAAAACUUUUUGGAUACAAAUCAUAAUUGAUCCUUGCCCGCAAAAUAGCCUAGCUAAUCGAGGAGGGAAGGAAAAGUAAAAAAAAUUACAAUAAUAGGGUUGAAACAUAACAAUAAAGAAAAACAAAUGCACAAACAUCAACAUAUUAAUUAACAAGAAAGUAAGUACAUAUAUUUCAAAAUAGGUAAUAAAGCAGUUUAUGAGUGAAAUUAAACAGAAAAUUUAAUAUUUACUUAUCUGCUUAGCAAUAUAGGGUUCCUCAUUGCAAGAGUGUCCUUAAUCCCCUCUAUAAUCCCCUCCGCUCUCCUCUCCUCUCCUCUUGUCCUUAUCUUAUCUGUUUAGUAAUAUAAGGUUCCUCAUUGCAAGAGUGUCCUUCACCCCCUCUAUAAUCCCCUCCCCUUCUCCUUACCCGUCCCCUCUCGUCCUUAUCUUAUCUUAUCUUAUCUGUUUAGCAAUAUAGGGUUCCUCAUUGCAGGAGUCUCCUAAAUUCCCCUCUAUAAUCCCCUCCCCUUCUUUUUAAAGGUAUUUAGUAUAAUUUAUACACUAUAGGUCGUAGUGAGUCUAAAUGGUCGUCGUUUACCAGGGGCUUUUGGUGUCCAACAGUUUGGUAAUCAAAGAGAUGAGCUGUGAUGCAUUUAAUUUUUUUAUAAAUGAUAUGUGAUUUUGUGUAGGACCCCUCCAAGGUUCCAUCAUGGCUGAAUGUUCAUCGCAGUUUAGUUCCUGACUUCGUUAUCGCAGAUCCAAAGGUACAAGCUUA